AUUUCUUUUUUUUUUCAUUUGUUGGGUUCGUUUCCGUUAACUGUUAAUCACACAUUUUUUCACAUUUCGCGCUCUCUCCCGGAGAUUAGGAACCUGGGAUACUCACGGAGGUUGGAGAAGGAAGGGAAAAGGUCCAAGGAGUAGGAAAUGGCGAAAUCGAGCGCGGACGACGCCGAGCUAAGGCGAGCUUGCGACGCCGCAAUCGAAGGCACCAAACAGAAGGUCCUGCUGUCGAUGCGGGUCGUUAAAAGCCAGGGGAUCUGGAGCAAAUCUGGUGUUAGUAACGUUACUAGCAAAUUGAAUCCAAUCCCAAUGGCCAUGAGCAUGGGCAUGGGAGGGGGCCAAAAGAACAUGGCUAAACCUAGAGUCAUCGCUAUCUGCACUAAAAAAAGGGGUCAGCGAACUAAAGCUUUUUUGCGAGUCAUGAAGUAUUCCUCAGGAGGCGUUAUUGAGGCUGCUGAGUUAUAUAAGCUGAAGCAUCUUUCAAAGGUGGAGGUUUGUUCUAGUGAUCCUAGUGGAUGUACCUUUACAUUGGGAUUUGAUAAUCUUAGAAGUCAAAGUGUUGCUCUUUCUCCACCUCAGUGGACAAUGCGCUACUGUGACGACAGGAACCGCCUGUUAGUAUGUAUCUUAAACAUCUGCAGAGAUUUACUUGGUCGUAUUCCCAAAGUUGUUGGUAUAGAUGUCGUGGAGAUGGCUCUUUGGGCUAAGGAAAAUACACCCUCGGUUACUAAUCAAAAGAAUCAGUAAGAUGGUCCAGUUCCAACUUCAGCAGCACAAGGUGACUUUGAGGUGACUGUUGAAAAGGAAUUUGUCUCUCAAGCUGAGGAAGAGGACAUGGAGGCUCUUUUGGGCACCUAUGUCAUGGGCAUUUGUGAAGCAGAAGCAUUUUCUGAACGGUUGAAGCGGGAGCUUCUUGCUUUGGAAGCUGCAAAUGUACAUGCUAUUUUGGAAACUGAACCUCUAGUAGAUGAG